AUGUUUAUUGAGGACUGGCACAGCUUUUAUGAGCAAGCACAACAAUUGUAUCGGACUGAUCCCCUGCGCACGCGCUACGUAUUGAAGUACAGCCACAGCUCCGGAAAAGUUGUCCUCAAAGUGACUGAUGAUCGAGUGUGUCUGCAGUACCAGACUGAUCAGCUGGCAGAUGUCAAAAAGGUGGAGAAGCUGAACAACUUCUACUUCGCCUCCAUGGCCAGAGGCGACAUC